AUGCGCAUAACACGCAAAGAUCUCAACCAAAUCCUCCUUACAGAGGUCGAGAGCACUAGAGCAACCCUAAGCUGGGAAUCAGCUUGCGAAUCAGCUGAAAGACUGCCUAACGGACAGAUUCGAGUUACCCUUUCAGAUGGCAGAACACAAGACUGCGACCUCCUCUCGCAGCAGACGGCGCAGACAGUUCCAUCCAAGCAUACUUCCGACCGAAUGACAAGACCCAGUACGCUGGCGCAACCCAGAUCGAUGGCAUUGCUCAUCUACCCGCCGAACUCCCCAAAGCUAUAA